AUGCUAUCUAUAAAAAUACUACAACUACUGGUGCUGGGAGCUCAUGUUGCCCUAGCACAGAUCUACGAUAAUGGGCCAUUCCAGCUUCAUGUCAGCAGCCUUAACGACAGCACAAUCAAUGGGCGUGCCUACCCAUGUCAAACCACCCUCGGUCUCUGCUACACAGCAGGCGACGCAUCAUCGCAGUCCACCGACGGCGGGUUCAUCUUCACCUCGCGCGGGCGCGCCGACUACACAGUGGGGUAUCUCUCAUGGCGCCGCACGAGUAAUAUUAAGCACAAGAACGGCAACGGCAAUAAACAGACAUCCAGCACGGUCUCCUCCUACGGACCCGUCGGAUUGAUCUACGACCCAGGUUCGAACGUCGCCGUUCCGGUACUCAACCAGACCGGGACACCGGGGACCCUCGGUUUCGAUGGUUCGACCGGGGAUUUAGUGAUGGCGGGGAUAGACGAUACAGUGAUGAAUGGCGGCUCCACCACCACCACCACCACCACCGCGGGUAACAAAAACGGUACUAGCACUACUAGCAACGGCAGUAAAACCAGCGGAAACACCACCACAACGCAAAAUCGCAACUACAACAACUGGUACCUAUGUCUCGUACAACUCGAAACAGAUCAGCAAGCGCAGAUGCUAGUAUCGUGGGUCUUAGGCGCCAACUUAGGCUGGCCGCCUACGAACCCGACAUGCCAGCGCAUCAACAUUACCAUGGACAUGGGCGCUGUGGGAUAUGGGGGAUUAAGUGUGUUUCGUAAGUGA